GAGAUAGAGAGAGGAAGAGAGAGAGAGAGAGAGUGGGAGAAAGAGUGAGAGAGAGAGAGAGAGGGCUCGCGAUCUCGAUUACGAGGAGCAUCGAGCGCGCCGCUCGCACUUGCUCUCGAGACACCGACUCGGUAACAUUGCGUAGUGCUCCUUGUCCUUCAUUCGAUCUCUGUUUCGUUCGAUGUAAACAUCGCCGUGUUUUGUUAGUACGCGUACGAACGUGUCGGUUUAGUACAGUGACAUUAUUCGAAGAACUAUCGUGUCAUCACGAUCGUGAUUUUGCACGGUAUCAUAUUCCUUCUCUCUCUCUCUCUCUCUCUUUUUUUUUUCGUUCGUUUAAUCGUGUCUUCCUUUUCGUACGAAAAAAUCCGAUCGAAUCCGAUCAACGCCGAUCGUGUUUCCGCGAAAUGCGUGUUCCGAAAAGUGAUCGUCGAAAGUUAUUUUUACGUCGUAAAAUCGACGAGAAGAAUCGUAGUGUGUACGAAUGAAAAAGUCGAAUUAAAGUAAGAGGAAGAAAAGAGAGCUGUCAUUAUCACAAAGUGGAGAAGAAAGAAAAUUGAUUGGGGUAAUUGAUUCGAAGCAUCGACGAGUGUGUGAUAUCAAGGAACUACUUCGAGGAACGUCGACGAUUACGAAUCGGUUUGAACUUCCGCUUCUUCGACUGUUCAGCAUCGGUUUCAGCUUCGAGAUAGAAAAUAAUCUGGAACUCUUGGAAAGAACUUCUCGACAACGUGGGAAAGGGAACGUGAUCAUCGAUGGAAGAUGGAUAACGAAUGAUAUUCAUCGUCAGAAAGACGACUAGUCUGGAAGAUGGGUAACAACGGUAGUUCCCAUCAACAGUGUCCCUCGAACGGGCUAUCUCAAGAUAUGGCACGAGGAUGGACUCAAACCUUCCCUCGGGAACUAUCGAGACACCAUUCGCAGCCGCCUGGCCAUAAGGUCCUCCCAGAGCCACCCAAUCAAAGGCUCCGUGCCACCAAUAAUGGUAGUAUUAUUCACAACGGCGGGACCAUAAGUGGACGCAGACCUUCGGCACAGACAUUGCCACACGAUCUUAAUAAGCAAGGAGUCUUUCGUAGCAGAAGCACAUCGGCAUCGAACAUCGGUGUGUCUAGAUCACGGAAGUCCGAUCAUCAUUGUUGUCAUUAUCAAAGCGAUUCUCAUUGCAUGGAUAAUGAAAUGCAGGAACUGAAAAGAUUUGGUAGCGAGCCAGACCUGAGGUAUUCGCCAACGGAACGCUGCAGUACGACUAGUAGACAACACCACGGUCUAGAACGUCGUCAUUGUACAGGUUAUUAUCCUGAAAGGGAUUCCAGAGAACGGGAGAGUCGAUACAAAGGCAAGAAAAAGUACAAAGCACCGGCACCACCUGGCAAUGCAAUGGCUGACGGUUCGUCACCUGAUUCUUACAAGUGGGAGCUUGGUCAGGAUAGCCGUUGUAGACACGAGGAAGAAGUCCAGCCGCCACCCAGAAGGUCACGGCUUUUUAAGACUAGAGCGGAAACGAAGAGGGCACAGAUCAACUGGAUGUCCAACUCGUCCACGCAAUCCCACCUGGAACGUAACGAGGCAGCCCACGAGAACGAAAGAAGGUGGAGGAACGAGCGUUCCUCCAUUAACGAGAAUAAGAGGCCAUUCUGGCGGGAACAGGAUCAACAACAGCAGCCACAACAGUCGCAGUCGCAGCAACAGCAACAACAACAGCAGCAGCAGCAGGAUCGAUGGUGCAGGGACGAGUUGAGACGUUCGAAAAGAUUCGACGGCAAAAAUACGCUUCAAAGGAGUAUGAGCAGUCCCGAGUUUCAGGCGGAACUGAUGCAAGUAGCUAGGAAAGUGAGGAAUAAGUUGAACUGUGGCAGAAAAUCGGCUAGUCCCCUUGAUCCCUCUAACGUUGCGUCCUUAGAACGUAAGAACGUGGAACUUUCGAAGAGCACGAAAGAAAAGUCAAUCAGCGAGGAACAUAAAAAGACGGAAAAGAGAAAUUCCAAGACGACGACCGUCGAGGAACGAACUGUCGAAGAUAGAAUCGUUUCGCGCAUGAACGAGGAUAGGAGGCUUAUAGUCGAGAGGUGUAGCAGAGUGGAAAACAAGACGACCUCGUACGAGGAACGUAGGAACGAUGUGGGAAGGAACAAGGAUGGCUCGAAGGAACGAGAGGAUAAUGCCGUAGUUAAUAAGAAGAGAAACAUUGAGAGAACUUCGACGAAUUUCGAAGACGAAGCUACGAAUCAAGGCAGAAAGCCAUUGAAGGAGAGGCUCGAUACGCUUGGACAUUCCAUCGAAGAUAGAUUCUCGGACAAGCAAAGAAGAGACUUGGAAGAUUAUCAGAGAUCAAACGAUCUAUCGAAAAAUCGAAAGUUUGAGGAUGUCGUCGAUAUUGGAAGAAGCAGAUCGGAAAGUCCGAUAAGACAUCGCAGUAGAGAUAAAUCCGAUGCUCGAGGACAAGGAUCUGGUAGGGAAAGUACACCGGAACCGCAGGAACAUAAAGGAAGGGACAAAGAAAACUCAGAUCCCAAGUGGUGUAAAAGAGAGACAAAAACGAACGACACUAAGAGCAUUGAAAAGAGAUGGUCGGAUGGUGGUGAGACGUUGAUAGAGAAGAAGGAUGCAAACGCCAAAGAUAAACUCACGAAAAUUUCAGAAACGAAGGAACCAGUCGAAAACUGGCACAUAUUACCGCGUACGGAAAAGUCAACGCCAAAGACCUUCUAUUUUGGCAUGGAUGAGGCCUUAUCCAAAGAAUCACGAAAUAGCGUAGACCAACAAAUGCACCACAUCCAGUCGAGAUUGCAGGUUAGAGAAAUCAACAGAUCGAACGAAUACACCAUGGACGACGGCGACGAGAUAAAAAGCGGACCAGAGGAUAUAUCGUUGAAACUUCGACCUACGCUACCGAAGAAACAAUUAGAAAUACCAAGAUUUUCUCCCUCGGCAGCAUGGAGAUUAUUAUCCGCGUUGGAAGCACCUGGACCAACGAUGAGUACAGCUAGCGAAGAGAUUCCCGUCAUGUUUGAAGAAAGGAUCGAACGUUUAUCGAGGCCACCUCCGCCAUUGAUAGCUUUGGGACCUCGAAGUUCGCACGACAAAUCAGGGGAUUCGGGUAUUUCGGGAGACGCCGGAGCUGGUAACGACGAUUCUCUAGACGUUAGCACGACGAACAGAAUAAAGACACCGGCAACGAGACCCACGUGGACUCCUCAACAAGAUCUCGGCGAAGAAUCGAGCAGCGAUGCUGGCGUAGAUUCUCCACCUCCGAUUCCAGCACCGUUGAAAUUUACACCGAAAGCUCACGUCUUUUCUCUUUCCUUGCCACGUGACGACAACAGGAUGUACCUUUAUAAUCCCGAAGCGAAGGGUAAGGAAGGAUCAGCGUUCAAUUCGUUGCAAAAACUAAAAAGAUCGAUGUCAGGAGCAUUCGGACUCGGUCCGUUGGAUCUCGAAAGGAAACGUGCCGGCGACGUGCUCGAUGACAAUUGGCUAUUGUCCAGUAGUGCACCUACCUCCUUGCAACUCAAUCAAAUUACGGACGUGACUCGAUCUUCGCCUUCUGGAUGGAAACAAGGCUUUGACGAUGAGGACGUUGAUGGCGACGACGACGACGACGACGAUCAAGAAGAUUCCGAAGAUAGAAACGACUUCCCUGUAAUCAUGAAACCUCCGUCUUUUUCUUAUUUAGCUUCCGGUGGUCAUGUCAUGUAUUUACCAGAAGCCAAUGGUACGGUGGUGUACCAACCACAGAGUUUGAAUUACAAGAACAACGGUCCUCUGAAGAAACAAAAUUUUGUUAAUUCCGCAUCGAAGUAUAAAAAGAAUGCCGUGGACGAUCUACAAAGAUCUUCUACCAUCGAGGAAAAAUCGCAAAAGUCAAAAAACUUGAGAUCCUUCGGGGAGAGGUCUUCCUUCGCAGAGAGAGGUAUUAAUUCGCAUAAUAGAUUUUCAAACUUUUCAAAGUCCUGCGAAAAUAUAUCCGAGAUGAAACAGAGAAGCACAUCGCCUACCGUCGAGCAAUCACAGAACGCGCAAGACAAUAAAGAAUCAUCUUCUGAAAUCAAAGCGCCAACUAAACAUAGUUCGAAAGGUAAACGAUUUACGUUUCAAUCAACCGUUAGGCAAAUCGAAAGACGUAGGUUGGCUGAGAAAUUAUCUCGCGAGGCUGAAGCCAAAGAACGUCAGAGAAAAGGAGAGCUCGAAGCUAUGAGGAAAGUCGAGGAAGAGUUUCAACGGAAACGGGCAAGAGAGAAAGCGAAUAUUAGACAACAGCUUCGAUUGUAUAAUAUGGAUGAACAUCUCAGUAGUUUGCCUUCUGCAUGGGAUACGUCGCAAUUGUCUCGAGCUGAUCCCGAUGGUGCACCGUCAUCGUCAGCCUCGUCACCAACAUCUGCUCCGCUUGGUACCCUAACGGCGAAUCGUAAGAAUAGCGUUAGCAGCGACGAGCAUCAUAGAAAAAGAGGCGCUAGUUCUGAAUCGAAACAACAACAGCAAAGAGAGUACAAAGAUUAUCGACCGAAAUACUACGCUUGGACGCCGGAAAGUUCAUCUCAUUUAGAGUAUAAACAGACCACUGUACAUCCAAAAGUCAUUUGCGAUAUUCCAAAGAGUUCGGCGGUCUUUGUCGAUGCAAAUGUCCACGGUGGCAAAGCUACGAAUCUAAAUUCGACGCCUAGGUCUGAUAAUUACAGAAAGGAUUUCGCUCAUGGUGCCGUUGCAGCGAGGUCAUCCUUAGCCAGCAGCGAUAGUGAAUUAUCGCAACCAAAUACCAGGCCACAUUCUAGGCAAACAGGAGGCAAAGGCAAACCUCUACGUUCUAGGUCGGCUAGCCCAGAACGAAGCGAGGAAGCCGCCAGUUCGGAGGAUGAAAGCCCAGUGGAACCAAUCAAGCAAGAACGGAAUCCCAUUAAUGGCUUUAUAUUAAACGGAGUCCAACCUUUUGUGAGGGAGAAGAGCUAUCGACCCAUUUCCUUUAAUCCUCAACCACCCCAGCCCAUUCCAAGUUAAAUGUUUAUUUUAUAAUUGUGCAAACUUCUUCACAAAAAUUAAGAAUAGGUAUGAACCUAUUCUUUUUUCUAUUUUUUUUUUCUUUUUUUUUUUUUUUUUGGAAUAUUUACAAUAAGGAUCUAUAAUAAGAGAGAUGUAGAAAAAUUAAAAAAAAAAAAAAAAGAAAUAGGGUACAAUUUUAUUGGAAAAUUAAAAUUUAUUAUAGAGAGAUGCUAUUUUAUAUAUAAAAAGAAUUCUUUUUUUUUAUACAUAAACAAUAUUCAAUCUGUAAGUGUAACUAAUGUCAAAUAAUGAUUUAUCAUGUAACAAAUAACAUGAUCUAACUCCUAACCAAAUGUGUUCCAUGUAAUUCUUGAUACAUUCGUUUAGUAUUUAAACUUAAGAUAUGAUAGUUUGUAUAAGUACAACAACGAAUCAAAGAUUUUUAGCAUAUGGUAAAUGCGCUAUUGCAUUAUAAAUUAAUGCAGUUUAACGAAACUGUGUGCCGAAUAAUAGUUACAUCGAAUACACUAUUCCAAGUGGUUUAGGGUCCAUAUUUUGUAAUUAUGUACAGGUAACAUGUGCAGCAAAUUUAUGCUAAUGAAUUGUACUCGAUUAAAUAAUUACAUUGUUACGA